AUGCCGUUCCAAAUUCCACAAAACCAUGCCAUCCCACGGAAGCGAAAGUCCACGUUUCCGCAUAUCAAACCGAUGGGCGGGUCCAAUGCCUUCCCUCGAGGCCCCAUCAGAAUUCACGGCAGUGGCAAGGAUGUCGAAAAACCAUGUCACCGCGACUCCUUGAGACCGGCCCGCAGUCACCGUGUAUCGACGUCCUCGAGCACCUACUACGUCAAGCAUCUCGAAUGGCUGCUUGGAUCCAGGACGAUCAGGAGUCUAGGAAGCGUUCUAACCUGUUCAUCCGAAUCCUCAGGUGCACAUUCCAUGAGAUGGGGCGAAUUCGCGGCCAGAGAAGUCGAGCUAUUACGCAAUUGCAGAUCUAUGAAUUCCUCACGCAUGUGGACAAAAUCUACCAAGCAGUCAGCGCUGACCCAGAGCACCUGGUUCUAA